AGUUUAACACAAGUUUGACAUAUCACAAAAAACAAUUUUUAUAAAAAAAAAUAUCUCAAGAGGACCCCAUUUGCCUGUGAGGUCUUUUAUUAGCCUUGCUGUGAACUCUGACUGCACUAUAACUAAGGUAUUCUAUUUUUGCGAGUGUGGUGUUGCCGCUCCUUGUGCUUGUUACCAGACUUGGGCCCACCACUUGACGUAUCCCUGAGAAACCCUAAGCUCCACUUUUGGGCCACUCGGUUCCUUUUGGUAGAGAAACGCUCGGUGACAGCCGCAAAGUUAGGCCACAUAAUCCCACUCCUGUUCCGAUUUCAGUCGGCGGGUGGUUUUCAUUCAAAUUUUCCGGUAAAACAAAAGAAACACAUUUUCGGAAACACAUUUUCUAAAAAUAGUCCAAUCUUGCUGAAUAUGCUAACAUGGCAUCCAUAGAACCGAGCGAGGAGUUACUGGAUCGCCAUUUCAGGCAGCAGGUGGCCAUUUACAAGGAUGUCGAUCUGGCGAGGGCUUUUCAGUCGGAUCGCCUGAUCAUGGCCAGGUGGAUGAAGGUGUUCGAGAGGACUCCGCUUAGCCAGAAGCUGGCAAGGAACAGUCUGAUGUUGCUAAUGCAUGGUCACAUGAAGGACUUUGGUUUUCUCAAGGAGCCGUUCACGGAUGUGCGGAACUGCAGCCGGAAUCUGAAUGAGAUUUUGGACGUAUACAAAGGUCACUCAUGCAAGAAGGUAUCUUCCAAAAGUAAUACAAAAAUCGAUACGUCUACUAAAUCCAUUAAAAAUAUUCCGGAAACUCAACCAAAGGAGCAGAAACGUAUUGGGGAAAGCAAAUCAUCUUCUUCCUCCCGAAAUGUAUCAGUAAAGAGGACUUUUACUCAUAUCCCUCGAUCUAUGAAACUGGAACCCAUCAAAGAAGUUUCCGAACCUUCGGAAAAGGAACCCACCACAAGCAGUAUUGCCAGCAUAGUGACGAUAAUUGAAAGAGCCAAGACUCGUUCUAUUUCUUCGCAAACAAGUUCCAGUUCGCAGAAGACUUGCCCUGAAUGUGUUACUGAGGUUGAAGGACAAAGUGUAAGAAAGAGGGUCCAAGACCUAGAAGAGGGGCUUUCAAAUAAUGAAGAGCACCCUUUGAGUGUUAGUUCCAUGGAGAAUAUGAAGAAGUACUAUCAAAAGUGGGCAAGUUAUAGUGGGGAUUCUGCUUCGAAUCGAGAAAGCGAGAGAGCAACCUCCACAUCGCAAGAGAGACUUCAAAAGAUAACCAAUGUUAUAGAUCAGGUCACCCGCAGAUCGAGUGCUGUGAAAAACCUAAAAGACUGCUUUGAGGAAAUGGCCGAACGUUUGAGAAACACUUCAGAGCCUGAAUAUUCCAUUUCCGAAGGACGAAAACCAAAGAUUCCGCCCCCUGCGCCCCCAAAGAACUUCCGAAGGAUCCAGGAUGAUGAUGUUCCUGUUCUGAUGGCCAGACAAACUGGGGGGAAAUCGCUUCCCAAAGACAAGCCGGUUCAAUCUUUAUUGAUUCGUAGAGAGAAGCUGCGUGUCCAGUGCCUGGAGUACUACAACUUGGAUGGUACAAUGAAGGAUGUAAAGGAUAUGCCAGCUACCUCAAUAGAUACCAAGCGAACUGAUCUUCGAGUUAAAGGAUUCAUAAUUGGGGCCUAUAGAGCCUUGGAACGUGUGAAACGAUGGCGGGGAAAACCAAAUCAUUUGAGAUUAUUCAAGACUUGCUUUCGGGGAUGUGGCUUGAAGGAUUUCGGGAGAUUGCAGGCACUGGAUCGAAGAUUCGAGCAGGUUGCUCUUAAGUGGUAUCGCAAAAAGUUGUUCGUAUGUCAACAGAACACCUGGCGUCGUUAUCGUCGGAAUAUUUUGGCUCAAAAGCCAUCGCCCACCAAGGCAGAUCUGCUACAGAUUCACCACCAGUUGGAAUUGAAGGAGGAACUCCAGCGGGAGCGAAUGGUACACCUGGCCAAGAUCCGGGAUCUUUGCAAGAUCAACUGUUCCGGAGUCGUUAGACCGGAAGUCCAUCGCAAGAUGCUCAGUAGCCUGAACAAUGAAUACGACCAGCUGGCCGAAGAUCUUAAAUUAGUCGUCCUCGAGAAGGAGCAACUAUUUCAGUGAAUAACCCUCCAAAAUCCGUAACUUUUCUCGCACCUGUUUUUGUACUUGCUUUACACUUGUAACAACAUUAACACCGCCAGCUGCGCUGCUCAUUAAUUAAUUUGAAUACUACGCUUUAUUAAAUUAAAAAACUGGCAAAAAGGG